AAUGGAUCUCGGGAACGGUGGAUUUGGUAGAAAGAGCAGGACAAGGAGAGGGUGGUGAUGAAGGUCACACCAAGCCAGUCUGAUCAGGUGAGUUUUCAGCUGCUUUUUAAAGGAGACCACUGAGUCCACUGAUCUCAGGCUCAGGGGGAGAGAGUUCCAGAGUCUGGGGGCCACAGCACCAGAUGAUCUGUCACUUCUGGUCUUUAGCCUGGUGCGCUGCACAUGUGAACACCUUAUUCCGGCUGAAGUUGAACCAAACUGGAUUAGUCCUAAUCGAGCUAACGUACCCAGAUAAUGCGUUUAGAAAACCGAAUUCUCUACGUGUAAACGACAUCCCAGCUUAGCUGAGCUGUGACCAACCUGGGCAAUCCCCCUUCCAGAGUCGCCAAAACCGUGGAUGCGGUCUUCUGAUAAAAUAAUUGCCACAGGCCUCAACAAGACUCUGACGUGUAACACCAUCAAAGAGUAGAGUACAAACAAAAUGUACUGUGCUGCCGCAUUGUUGUCAUCCAGUGAUUCAGCCAUUGGGCACAACCUGCCUUUACUCCUGCUUUUCUCUCGCCGCUGUUUACCACUACUGUGCUGCUACAGGAGGAUCUCUGUUGACAUCGUUGUGCACAUGCACAAGUGGUUGGGUGGCAAGAGAACAUGCAAUACGUCCUGCUGUCAUGUGCAACCAUGGACGUAGUUUUGACUUUAGAAGUGCUGUGUUACAGCCAAAACUGCAACUACAGACUACAAAGAAAUGCUGAUUAUGGUCUUUCUUCAAGGAGAAUUAUCGAUUAAUACAACUCCAAAUAAAUAUGGUGUGCAAUACCCAGCAAACAUGGGAUCCUUGGGUUUUGGUCAGUCUAAGAUGGUGAAAAUGACUUUGUGAUGUAAAAUCAUUCAGACAUGAGUCAGAGUUGUAAAAGGUGAGAAGGGCAAAGCCACCUUAGGUGACCAGUGAUUGCGUCCACAUUACUACUUAGGCACCCCUCACAUGGUCCACUCCACCCCUGGCAUUCACCCUCAGAGCUGCUUUGGGACGGAGCCGAUUGGAUCUGGACGAGAAUCAGCUGCAAACUGAGACAGCUCACACGAGACACAAGCUCACAUCUGAACUGGUUCAAACACACGCUGACGAGCAGAGGGUUGUUCCUCCAACCAUGACGGAUUCUGCUGCUGAGGAGGACAAGGACCCUGAUAUUGAACUAUUUGUCAAGGCUGGAAGUGAUGGUGAAAGCAUUGGAAACUGUCCUUUCUCCCAGCGCCUCUUCAUGAUCCUUUGGCUGAAAGGCGUAGUCUUUAACGUGACUACCGUUGACCUCAAACGAAAACCAGCUGAUCUUCACAAUCUGGCUCCAGGGACACAUCCGCCAUUCCUCACCUUCCAGGGCAACGUUCUCACUGAUGUCAACAAAAUAGAGGAAUACCUAGAGGAGAUGCUGGCUCCACCAAAGUAUCCCAGACUUGCAGCAAAGAACCGUGAGUCUAACAUAGCAGGGAAUGAUAUAUUCGCCAAAUUCUCUGCUUACGUCAAAAAUACGAGGCCAGAAAAAAAUCGAGCAUUGGAGAAAACACUAAACAAAGCUUUGGCUAAGUUGGAUGAGUACUUGAAGACUCCUCUCCCUGAUGAAGUUCAGUCAGGAUGCCUCAGUGGUGAGGGAGAAUCCAUCCGUAAAUACCUGGAUGGUGACGAGCUGACGCUGGCUGAUUGCAACCUUCUCCCUAAACUUCAUGUUGUCAAGGUGGUUGCAAAGAAAUUCAGAAACUACGACAUCCCAUCUGAAUUCAGAGGGGUGUGGCGAUACCUUGGUAACGCCUACAACCGCGACGAGUUCUCCAACACGAGCGCAGCCGAUGUGGAAAUCGAGCUAGCUUACAAAGAUGUGGCUAAGCGACUUGGCAAAUGAGCUGAACAUACCGGCAAGAACAGCAUCUGUUUUUCUUUGACUUGUAAUAAAUCAUCUUUUAAAAGUACAGUAAAUACACUCUUCACACUUGAUAUGAUGUUUGUAACGCUAAUGUGCUAAAUAGGCUUAAACCAGGCGGAAUAGCAGUGAUUAAUAACAGAAUUAAUCCAUUUUAAAUGUGUUAUACAAUAGCAGAGUCCUCAAAACAGUUUUAAUGACAGUAUUUUUCAGAAAAUAUUAUGGAAAAUCUUAAAACAUUUGUUCUUUUUUAGUAAUAAAGACACGGGUUUAAGCUAGCAAGGCAAGCGUUGCUUUUAAAACACCAAUCUAUCCAAAAUAGUGUAAUUAAAUUAUAUUUAUUGACUUUAAACAAUGUUUAUAGUAACAUAUGUCUAUAUACAGUAUAUAUAUCUAGCUAAUUUCCAAAUGUUCACUAAUCCAGUGUUGUUGCUAAAGCUAAAAUAAACAGCAAGCUAACUACUUUUGCAGGGAGGCUAUUUUAAAUGUUUCUCAUGACAUAAUUUUAGGUGCAUCGCCAUGAGGGGCUCAUAAAUAUGGCAGUUAAAGCGAGCUAAACCGUUUGUAGACUGGCAGAAAUUUUAUUUUAAUUGGAAUCACAGUGAGAAUAAAAUAUUUAUCGCCUCAUAUUUGAUAUGUAUUUUUAGACUAUUUUGAGUUCAUAUUUAGAAGAAGAAAUUUGAUAAGAUAAGAUAUAUUUAAAAUGCCAGGGCUAAUUCUGUAAAAUGCCAGAAAAAUUAUUUCAUUUUGUAAAAGCAAACCCCCUUAGAGGGAACAAAACAAUCCUUUGGUAGAGUGCUGUUAAUACUGCCAUGUGUAAUGUGAGGCUUGACUAUUUAGCUUUACUGUGUUUUCUUUUGUCCAUUGUCAUUGAAGGGUUUGUUCUGUUUGCUGUUAUUGUUAAUGAAAUGAUGAGAAUCUGUUUCAGACAAACUAGUUUGACCUUUGGCCCUUUUGUUGUAUUUUGACACAUUGGAUUAACAUCUUGAAUUGGUCCCAUUGGGAUUACAGGAUUAAUUUGUUAAACUACAGUUUAUAGCUGAUGUUGAUAUCAUCAAAAUCAGCAGUUAUUACAUAUUGGAUAUAAAAUAUCACACAAUUAAACGUUUAAUUAGUACAAAUUCUGCAGUGAAAUAAUCACAAAACAGUCUAAUGUCUCAAUCAAGUUGGAGGAAAGGUUCUUUUGAAACAGACUUCCUACGAAGCUAGAUGGGGGGUUGUCAGCUUUUCUACCUUUAAAAAUGCUGAAGAGGGACGUAGACGUAGUCUGUGGGUGUUUCUUAAUGUCAAGGCGCCUACUAGCCUCGCAAGGCGAUGUCUUGCGAGGCUAGGCUCCUUGCUUACAAGAACACUGUCCUUCCCUGGUCAAAGAAAAGGUUAAAUGGAACAGACUUGCAUCACGUGACCGCGGCUUUUGUGGCAGUCACGUAACGUCAAGUGACAUGGGAGAUAGCGUUAUGUAUUAUACGUAUAAGUUUCAAUAUAAAUAUAUAACGAGUCUUUUACUUUUUAAAUUGUGUGUAUAUUUGUUAAAUUAAAUACAUAAGCGAGUUACUACCUGCUAGCCACCGAAACUGCAACUACUAAGCUAACUAACCAACCAUAGAUAACUUCUUAGAUCUAAUAAACAUUUUAAAUUAGUUGACUUACAUUUAAACUUGAAAUUUGCCGCCGAAGUAGAUGCCGGCUUCUGAUCCACCAUCCUUUUUAAAAUACUGCGAUGUAUUCUGGGAAAUUUUUGACCAAGGCUAGGCUACAAGACACCUCACGUGUAUCCUUGCCCAGCUAGCUAAACGGCUAACAAACGGAGAACAGACGCCUCAGUAGAACAUGAACAUUGGAACAGGCCUUCCUGAUGACCUAUCUCCUAGGCAACCGGGGCGGGACCAAGACAUCAAGGCAAGGUUCCUUGGCAUUGAGAAACACCCUUUGUUUACUAUCUGCCUUGCCUCUAUACAUCCUGGUUCCAGAGCCAAUCAUGUGAGCCCAUGGGGUUGCCAAGUCGUCAACACAACCACUGCUCUGGUGUUUUGUAAUUCAACACUGGCCAGCAAUCAGCAUCAGACUUGUGGACAGGAUGCUAGCCAGUAAAAGGAAUGACCCAGAAGUUAUUUCUUCUAACCCUAAGAAUCAGUAUUUUACUUUUAUUCUCACAUCAAAUAAAGAAGACUAGAGUUAACGCAGAGCUAUUUAUUUAUCUACUUAUCAGCUUACUGCGUAUGACUCUUCAUCAUAUAGAGUCUUCCGGCGCUGAGCCCUAACCAGCAACAGCCAUGGCCACAGGAAGGGGAGUGGGCUCCUUUGUUUUUAUACAUAGACUGCAGUACUCAAAUUUAACCACAAGAUGUCAUCAUUACUCGAUGCAGCUUUAAUCUGUUAAAUCAACUUAAAAAUAAAAGGUAAAUCUUAAGUGCCCCUAAAAGAACCAACUCUCUUACUUUAUUUUAUUUUUUGGUAUUGUGCACACUGAUGGAAGAGAGGUCCUCUGAUCAUGAGUGCCUUAGUGGGAAUCAAACUCACCUUAACUUUAUUUUCAUUUCUACAGUGAAAUAUGUGUUUAUUCAUUUAUUGUCAGUGGUAUUUUUUUCCAUGUUAAGUAUUUUUUCCUGUUCUUUAUGACUGCGUGCAAUAAUGAUAAUAUGUAAUAUAUUAUGUGAUUAAAAAGACUCUGCUAAAAAUAUGUCUGUAAAUCAUCAAAAACAACUGUAUAUUUAUACCACAAACCACUGUGUAUACUGUUUUCCUUAUUUGUAAUAAAACAUAUUUUCUCAGAA